CUCAGGUCCAAGUCUUGUCUGCUGCUCUCAGAGCUGCUCAGUUUGAUUCUGUUGGUGACUGUGAGACCAAAAAAAUGGAAGAAAGCAGCAGCAAAAUUCAGAACAAAACUAUUUCGGGCGGAAUGGCUGUUUCAGAUGCUACCUGCAACCAGGUGGAGGAAGACAGUCUUUCAUCCCCUGCCUCCCUGGGUAACAUCAGUGAGCAGCCUAUCUCCAGUACACUGAAAUGCACAGCCUCAGAGGAACAACAUGGAGGAACCAGUGUGUUAUUAAAGAAAGAGCAAGAAAAUAAUCCACCAUUUGAAGAUGACAAGUCGAAAUUACAGGAUAUCAUACCUCAACCUUUAUUAGACCAAUACCUGUCAAUGACUGACCCAGCUCGAGCCCAGACCGUUGACACUGAAAUAGCCAAGCACUGUGCAUAUAGCCUUCCCGGGGUGGCCUUAACACUGGGCAGGCAGAACUGGCACUGCCUGAAAGACACAUACGAGACGCUGGCCUCAGAUGUACAGUGGAAGGUACGUCGCACACUGGCUUUCUCCAUACAUGAACUAGCAGUUAUUCUGGGGGAUCAGCUAACAGCCGCUGAUCUGGUGCCAAUUUUCAAUGGAUUCUUGAAAGAUCUGGAUGAAGUGCGUAUUGGUGUCCUUAAACAUCUGUAUGACUUUCUGAAGUUACUUCAUGCAGACAAAAGGCGAGAGUAUCUUUACCAACUUCAAGAAUUUGUGGUGACUGAUAACAGCAGGAACUGGAGGUUUCGUUACGAGCUGGCAGAGCAGCUGAUCCUGAUACUGGAACUCUACAAUCCCAACGAUGUCUAUGACUACUUAAGACAUAUUGCACUAACUCUCUGCUCCGAUAAAGUUUCAGAAGUUCGGUGGAUCUCCUUCAAACUGGUUGUAGCGAUACUACAGAAGUUCUACGCAAACAACGCAAAUGCACUGGGAUUAAAUUUCAUUAACGAACUUGUAGUGCGGUUUCGUCACUGCUCCAAGUGGGUUGGAAGACAAGCUUUUGCCUUCAUUUGUCAGGCCGUAGUAGAAGAAGAAUGUAUGCCUGUCGACCAAUUUGUGGAACACUUACUCCCCAGUCUUUUAAGUCUUGCUUCAGAUCCUGUGCCAAACGUCAGGGUUCUGCUCGCCAAGGCGCUAAGGCAGACGUUAUUGGAGAAAGCUUAUUUUAAAAGUGUCGGCAAUCCUCAUCUAGAAGCUGCAGAAGAGACCAUUCUAGCCCUGCAGUCUGACAGAGAUCAAGAUGUGUCCUUCUUUGCCACCAUAAAACUAAAACAGAGUAACAUGGACAGUACUACCAUUGAAAAACAGAACUAA